UGACAGGAUCCACUACUUUGCGUUGACGCUAACAGGAUGUCCAUCUCCCGAGGAAUAACCGCAGUCACUUCUAUGAUUUAGACAAGGAGCAAUACUGAUGCUGUACAGUCGCUGAAAAUCGUCGUCCCUUCGCUUAGCUUCGACCAAUACCAAACCAACCAUGGGGUUUGGAUCGGAUCGCGCGGACCAAAACUUGAAAAGCAGUGUCUCUUCGUGCAAAAACUUUCAGCCGAACAUUUUUAAUAAGACGAAAUGCCAGAACUGCUUUAGGACACGGGAGGCACAUCAGCUUGAGAACGAUGGGGACGGGCAAGGAUCGAGGAAAGUUCUAGUGUGUGGAUUUCUGUUUGUAGCACCAGGACUUGACGUGAACAACCCGUAUGCACGUUCUCGGAAAUGGCAGCGACGCUGGUUUGUUUUCUACGAGAACGGGGAUUUGUGCUAUUCGCUGGAUGAUAGUCCUGGUACUAUACCCCAAGGUGUUGUCAACAUGUACGAUUGCUCAGAUGUCUAUAAAGCUGAUGAAAAAACUGGGCACGAACUUUCCAUGGGAAUUGUUACCACGGAUACCACCACAUUCAUUAAAGCUGAAAUCCGAGAGGAACGAGACAGGUGGUUUGCUGUACUAGCAGAAUACCCUGCCAUCAAUAGGCUUGCUGCUAAGUCCAAGAAGAAACGAGAGACCCCAGCCCGCCAUCAACAAACAACGAUACCUGAGAAAGUAUCAAAACCAGAAUUUCCAGUACUAAAGAGUGUUCCAAAAGAGCAGUCUGUCAGGGGAACGCCUCGUGAUCGCAGGCCAAUAUCAGUUGACAGAUAUACUGGGUUUGUUGAUGCAUUACCACGGCAACAGAGGAGUAUUUACGACAAUGAUAGGCAGCGCUCGAAAAGUGUUACUCGAACGAGUCGAAUUGACAGUAAGAAUGAUUCAAGCAGGUUCAUCUCUGUUGGUGGGAAGACGGGAGAUCGAAGUAGAACACCAUCUGACAGUUCUGUGUCUAGUGUCUCCUCAUGUAACAGUGAAAGCCGAGGUGGAAGUGUAUAUGAGAGUCUUCGACAGAAAGCGGAACAGCCACGAUUUCAUGGACAUAAAAAGCAAUAUGAAUCAUUAGCAAGAAACUAA